AUUCUAAAACCUUUUAAAUCAAGUCAAGUACGUCUUUUAACUACACUAUAUCCGCAUCGUCCCUUUCCGCAAACCAACUAGUAUCGCUCCUAUCACCCACCUUUACAACCCCCGCUAUAACCCCAUCUCACCCCACAAAAAGAGCUUUUAAGGCCGCUACCCACCCCAAAAUGGCAUCCCCAAUUCUCCGCAUCUUCGCCAUCGUCUCCCUCCUCGCCAUCAGCACCGGAGUCCUAGCCAACUCGCCCUGGCGCUCAGCAAAUAUAUGGACCCAAUCUCAUCCAUGGCAGACGGCACCGUGGCAGAAGCAUCCGUGGCAGACAGCGUCGUGGCAGGAUCAUCCAUGGCAGACGGCUUCGUGGCAGAAACAUCCGUGGCAGACGGCUUCAUGGCAGACGGCGCCCUGGCAGACUCAAUCUCCGGAUAAUGUUAUGACUCCGGCAGCUGCUACGCCUACUCCUGGUGCGGAAGAGGUUUUGGGGGGUGAAUUGAGAUAAGAUUUGAAAUCCUGGGGCUGCUUAUUAUUUUGGAGGACGGGGUAGGGGUUUUAUGGCGGCGGAGUGAUGAGAUGCAAUUGCUUCCCUUAGUUUGAUUGUUUUCAGGCUUGGAGUUGAUGAAGACAGAUGACCGUAUCUUGGACGAGACAAAGUAUACAUCUUCAUUUCAUUUGCGUUGAUCCUGAAACAUCAAUGCAGGUGAUGCGGGGUAAGGCAAUUCGCGCGGCGGCUUUGAGAUGGUCAGGAGACGAUCACGUGAUGUAUUCCGAAGUCAUUCCAAAAAUUGUUCACUUCGCUAUAUCCCCUUCAUCCGCAAUUGAUCUGUUUUAAAACAAUCCCCGACCUUCUGGGAGAUUUAGGUCGCUAAAUAUGGCCCAAUAUAUCAAACAGCUAGUUAGGAUAUUCUAUUAAAGCUAGUGGACUAAAGCAAAGACGAUGGCAGC